GGCAGAUCCAGGGCGGGAAGACGCAUGCGAGAGCUUUCUGUCCACCGAUCUGCUCUUAUCUCUAUCAUUUUAAUGUUUCUCGCUCAACCCUUUUCCCUUUUCCACGCGCCGUAUUAUGCCCUGGGUCCCUGGGUCCCUUGAUACAUCGACAACAAAAAUAAAAAAAAAUAACCAUCUGCCACUCACUUCUCAUCCUCUCCCGCCAUGACGUGGGGUUCUAGUGUGCCCAACCCCCCGGAGAAUGCGGAGUAAAUACAGUAGGGCCCAGUCAGUGGCCUGUAGGGUUUCAUCAUGACAGGAUAGCCCCUCUGCUAAAGGUAGUUUCCAACGGCAAUUGAGUUGAAGCCUUUCCAGACGCUCCCUUUUAUCCACAAACCCGUCCCCCUCGCUCGGCCUGCCCCUCUCCCAACCUCAAGUGAACCUGCUACUCUGCUCAGCGCCAUGGAAACCUACAAGGACGACCUCGACUGGUCCUUCAAAGCCGUCCACAAGUUCAAGGUCAUCAUCGUCGGGGCUGGCAUCGGGGGCCUCUCUUCCGCCAUUGGCCUCAAGAAAGCCGGCCACGAUGUGGUGAUCCUCGAACAGGUGCCCGAGAUUGGUGAGGUGGGCGCCGGCAUCCAGAUGGCUCCCAACGCCGCGCGGAUCAUGGGCAGGUUCGGAUUGCUGGAGAAACUCAUGUCCAAGGCGAACGCGCUGAAGCGCAAUUCUCUCCGCCGAUGGAAGGACGACACCGAGCUGGGCUUUGCGCCGUUGAUGCCCUCCAUCGGUGAAAAAUACAAGGCGCCCCUCUCGGUUAUCCACCGAGGCGAUCUCCAGGCCAUCCUCCUGCAAGCCGUGAAGGACCUCGAGGUCCCCAUCCGCCUCGGCGUUUGCGUCGAAGAAGUCGACCCCUCGUUUGCCGCACGCGUCAAGCUGCACACUGGCGAAUGGGUACAGGGCGAUGUGGUGAUAGGUGGUGAUGGGGUGAAAUCCGGCAUCCGCAGCCAGAUGGCCCAAAAAUACGGGCAGAAGGACCAGGCGCACCCAACGGGCGAUGCCGCAUACCGAGUUCUGAUCCCGAAAGAGAUGAUGAAGGACGACGCCAAAGCGCUUGAGCUGCUGCACUCCGAUAUUGCAUACCGGUGGAUGGGCCCCGGUGGCCACAUCAUGGCCUACCCGAUCAAGAACAACACGGUGCUGAACAUGGUUCUCCUGCACCCGCAAAAGCCGACCACCGAGGACCAGGAGAGCUGGACGCGCAAGGGCGACAAGCAGGAGAUGCUGGAUUUCUACAAGGAGUGGAACUCGACCGUCCGGAACCUCCUCUCCUACGUCCCCGAGGGCGAGGUCAUGGAAUGGGCCCUCAACUCCCACCUGCCCCUCAACACCUGGGUCGAGAACCGAGUCGUCCUCAUCGGUGACGCCUGCCAUCCCAUGCUGCCAUACGUGGCCCAAGGCGCCGCCCAAGCCAUCGAAGAUGCCGGCGUCCUGACCUGCGCCCUCAGCAUGACUGACAAUGCCGACCUGGCCUUGGCCGUCUACGAAUUGGUACGGAAGGACAGAGGAGAGAGGAUCCAGAACAGUGCCGCCACGACACGGAUAUCUCUGCAUCUACCAGAUGGCCCUGAGCAGAGGGCUCGCGAUGCUGCUAUUGCGGGGAGUACGAAGGAGGGCGCGCACAACCCAGAUCUGUGGGCUGACAGGGAGUGGCAGAAUUUCAUGUGGGGCACCGAUGUAAUGAAGGACACUAUCGAGAACUGGGAUAAGCUGGUUGCCCAAGUCAAGGGGGUGCAUACGUCGACUGUGAAGGCCGUGAGCUCUUUAUAG